GGGGGUUCUUCUAAUACAGUUUUCUUUCGUGCUGUCUCUUUCCAGUUAGAUAGUCGCUCAGUUUCUUGUAACGAUGAGUUGGGACGGAAACCACAAAACGGAUCGCACACCUACGGAAAGGCGAAGCGUAAUCGUGGCUGUCACAAGAAAACAGCUCCCAAUAACGUCGCUACCUAUUAUUAGCAUAGUAAAGUCUGCCAGAACCAAUAUGGACAAGGAAAGAGAGAACACAGUUGGAACUUGCGAUUGCGAAUUUCUUCACCAGCAAACUGAUGGAUUAUAACUUUCUUCGGCGAAGGAACAAUGUGGAAAAGUUUGGUGAACUCGCAGUUCGCAUUCGAUUACGACGCGCUGCUGACGGAAUCGCGGAACAGAGCUCUGUGGUAGUGUGCGUGGUGGACUGUGUGAGUGUCACUGUGUCGGGUCGGUGGGGUAGAGAAAAGCUUUUGUGUGCAGCCAGUGAAAAUUUUCUCGGUUUUUCACCAACAUACUUGAAGAGGGGUCGAAGCGUGUGUCCCCGAUGAACUAGCUUUUAUCGUGGAAAAUUUCUGAAAAGUGUACAAAUUUUUCGGAAAAAUCGAAAAUCUUGGUGAAUAGCAUUGUUUGAAAGCAUCACUAGUGAAAUCCCACAGCAGGAGAAUGGAAAAAUGUGAAGUGAAAAUUGAGGAUGGAUCUCCAAAGUUUGAAGAAGAAAAAAGAUGGAGAGUAAAAGGAAGAAUGUACAUGCGAGGGUAUUUUCGUUAAAAAGUUGUUAUAAUGAAGGAAAUCGAAACGAAAUUGUUACAAUUUAGUGUUUGUUGUGUGAUCUACGUGAAAGAUAUAUGUGAAAAUUGACAAUGGAAGAUGAAUUUUACAACGUUAUUGGAAUUGACUUAUGAGCAAAUGUCCAGCUGUGCAAUGGAACUGAUAUCGAAGCUAUAUCCUCCGUAGCGUAGCACAAUGGAUACUUAACCAGUUGGACAGGCACACACCACAGUACAAGCGUUAUGAAUCUUGGAGAUAUUAGGUGCUGAAUUGUCCAUCUGAAACGGAUUCAACGUAUGCAGCUAUUCGAGAAACUGUGAAAAUGUUUACCAAAACCAAUCGCGACAUUCGUUUCUCAAGUGUAGCCAAUGGUGAGGACAAUGACAACGACUGCAGCGAGUAUCAAUUUUCGAAAUGUGAAACCAAACUGAAAAAAUACAAAGUGGCAAACUCCGAUGCAGGCCCAUCUGUUGGAUGCGUAAUCAGUGUCAAGAAAAACGAGGUGAACGAAAGCGCAAAUAAUUAUAGAUAUUUCCUAUAACGAUAGUUACUAGAACCGGGAAUAGGCGUAGUCUUGUUUAGUGUGUACAUAGUGCGAAGCUGGAGGGCAUCUGGUUGAUUUAGUAAUAUUCAAGCAUUUGCGACAAAUUAACGAAAUAGCUAUAGGUUAUUAUACUCACAAAUAAUAGUGCUUCAUUAUUGUUUCAUUGCAAAGUAUUGCGUGCUCCUAACAGCGCAUAGUGAACGUUAAGCGUUAAGCAUGUGCAAAAUACUUAAUACAAACUGACGUAAUUGUUUACGGAUAAUCAAAUUGUGAAAUACGCUAGACAUCGUAUUUCUGUUUACGGCUAGGAUAUAACCAAAAUGGCCGAUAUGCCUGAUUUGUCUCAUCUGACACAGGAGGAGCGUGCCAUAAUUGAAAAUGUUAUGCACCGGCAGCGUCAAGAGGAGGAGCGGGAGAAUGAGAUUAUGCGGAGAAAGCAGGACGAGGUGGCCACACUCGUCGACUCAAUAAGACAAAAAUCGGAGCAACAGAAGAAGUCAGGAAUAGAGCUUGACGCGACCUGCCACAUCUGUCUCAAAACCAAGUUUGCGGAUGGCAUCGGGCACAUCUGCAAUUAUUGCAAUAUUCGUUGCUGUGCCAAAUGCGGAGGAAAAGUCACGCUGCGUAACAAUAAGGUGAUAUGGGUGUGCAUUGUUUGCCGAAAAAAGCAAGAACUUCUAUCCAAAACGGGCCAAUGGAUAAACAAAAGUACCAGUCCCGACGGAAUGGCCCGCCGGAUAGAUGGCGAUUCACGGAAUCUUCCCCAUCCCUCACUCGAUCCGCUCGAUCCUUCCGACAAACGACCAAAGCUGGAACGAGCGCGAAGUGCUGCCGAAAAGGAAAACAAUCCCAUGCAGCGCUCCGGCAGCCAAUUGCGGCGUCAGUACUCGCAACAGGAUCCACCACCACGUCGGAUGUCACAGUCCGACAGUGGAGUGGAUAUGUCAACUGGACUACCGCAGGUGCGAUUGCCGAUGCCACGAAUGCAUCCGCAAGCUAUGCAGCAGCAGGGUUCUUACGGGCAAUAUUCAACACAUGCUGGCCUUCCUCAGCCACCGAUGCAAACGAUGUCCUACGGGCAUCACCAGUCGCAUGUAACUCCCCAAGUGCAGAUCACUCGACCGAGCGGCAAUGCAGUAUUGAGCGGAUAUGGCCAAGACGAUCCUAGCUACUACCAAGGUGAAAUCGAAGAUUUAAUGCGCGCACAUCCCCACUUAGUUCAUCCCCGUCAACAGCAGCACUAUGCAGAGUCGAUGCAAUCGGCUGCACCAAGUUACGGCAGCGGAAGCAGUAGUGGUAUUGUGCUCACAACAGAACCCACAAAGAAGCACAAACGCCCAAUGGGUGGACCAUAUCUACCACAGCAGCGAUCGUUCAGCAGCUCCGACGAAGAUAUCCGCUCAACGCCGGAGUACGAAGCCGGGCAUCAAACACAGUAUUUUGAUAAUCACUCCCGACUGAAUCCAAGCGUCCCGGAGUACCGAGCGAGAAAGCUGGAUGUGCAGCAAAGAAAUAGCUAUAACCGAACAAAUCACAAUCGGUACCAAAGUCAGCAGACGCACUCGCACAGUCAGCAGCCACUACCGCAGGUAGUGGUUGCCGAUAGCACAAUUACUUCUUCGGCGUACGAUAACAAUAAUCAUCAACACAGUAGUAGUCAUCAUCAACAUAGUCACCAGUCAGUGCCGCAAACCCAUCAAGCCCAUAAUAGCCAAUAUCAGUAUAUACAGCAGAACAGUCGAUACCAUUCGAGUUCUGCUGGCAAUGAGCAACCGGAUCCAUACUGGGAUGAACCGGCGGACAGUAGACGGUUCACCGAGCGGAGAAAGAAAACGGUGAGAUUUGAUGGGCAGGACACCGAUGAUUGGGGCCGGUGGGAGUCGGAACGGCAGGGCAGUCAGGAUUCUGCCACCAAGGACUCCGGUAUCGACACGAGCAGCACAUUCACCAGUAGUGAAGAUUCGAAUCGUGGCGAUGGCCCAAAGAAUCCUGUAAGUUGGCAAGUGUCAGCAGAUGGUAGCCGUAUGAUUGGUCAUAUGGUACUGCGAAGAAAUAUAGACGACGAAGAUGUUUUAGGACUCAAAGUACGAGGUGGCCAGGUGCUACCAAACGAUGAGAGGGCAACAAUCGUUGAGCAUGUACAACGCGGUUCGCUUGCCGAUAAGGAAGGACACAUUAGGCCAGGUGACGAAGUAGUGGAAUGGAAUGGUCAUUCCUUGCGCGAUAAAUCCGCACAAGAUGUAUACGUUAUUAUCAGUGAUAGUAGGAUGGAACCAUUCGUAGAAUUACUCAUAACACGUGCGAUCCUGAUAAAUCGCAAAAAUACUCAAGCAUCCUGGCGAAACUCUCAUUCGCCGAUACGAGUUCAAACGCAUCAUCCAGGAGAAAGCUACGAUCGACGCGAUAAGCCAAGCGUACUAGUGACGUCUCCGGGUUCGCCGGAUUUGCAUAGUGUGCGUAACUAUUCCGCCAAUCUUCGUUACCCAAAUAGACUGACACCGACUGCAACGGUUGCGCAGCAGGAAAACAGCGUUGGAGGACGAAUUCAGAUAAAACUUGGAUUCGAACCAAGCUCCCUUCAGUUGAUCGUCACUGUCGUCUGCGCAGCUGGGCUUAUAUCGAGAAUUAACAGUGCAGCACGAAAUCCUUACGCCAAAAUUUGUUUGCUUCCCGAUCGAAGUGAAAAAUCCAAGAGGCGAACGAAGACGCUAGCUCUAACUAACGAUCCCCGGUGGGGCCAAACGUUUGUGUACGAAGGUCUUCGUAGAGCUGAUCUCCAGAAUCGUUUAUUCGAGGUUACUCUAUGGGACUACGUCCGUUACGGUGCCAAUGACUUUCUAGGGGAAGUGAUCAUAGACUUGGCCACUCACCCGCUAGACGAUGAACCGGAAUGGUAUAUAUUGCAACCCCAUCAGGAGUCCAUACGAGAAACCUUGCGUAGAGACGACAGAGAAUCUGGCGGCAACGAAUUGGAUAUGAUUUUAACCCCAACCGAUCACUUAUCGCCACCGAGCACCACUUCAAGAUUGAGUGAUUCUGAUACGACUUCUGAAUGCGAUAUAGAUGGUCUGAUGACUGGACGUGACGGCGCUAGCGUAUCAUCCCUAGGAAGCUCGUCAAGCCCCCCGCCAGAGGUCGAUCUACAGGAGCGAAGAUCGCGCCGUGAUAUGUCACCGCAGGGUCGAAAACGAGCGGCUGGCAUGGUAGCAAAGGACUAUCGAACGGUGUCCGGUGUUGGACAGGGCUUUCAUAAUCAAAUGAGUAAUGAGGCAACUUCUUCCUACCGUCGAAACGGCACGAUGGCGAUGAGUCAACGAAGCCAGUCUGCGGCACCGAGCGAAAACUAUCGGGAUGAUCGUCGGGGUUCGCUAUCACCACAAGAUGAUAGAUAUACCGAGUAUCCAGUUCUUCCAUUACAUCACUAUGCGCCCAGAUUUCAAUCACGAUCAGCGACCGCGACACCAACUGGUUCCCCGAAGAAACGACAAUUACCACAAGUACCUCACGUGUCACGAAAUGCGGCCAUGCGAGAUCGUUUUAUACAGGACUUUGAGGAUCGUAGUGGGGGACGUUUUGCAAGACAUCGGGGCCGCCAGAGUCAUCAUCAGCCAACGUAUCGAAGUACGGGGAUGGGAGGUUGGGAACGACACUAUUCGGGGCUUUCCGACAGUGAUCUGACGACACACUCAUUAGACAGUAGAAUUAGACCUAGACACUCGUUAUCUCCGGAUAAAGAUUUCAUGGGUGAUUUUGGCGAUUCCGAUAUGGAGUCGGUAGUUAGUGUUACUUCAAGUGCUUUUUCAACUCAGUCGGAGCGACCGCGUGGAUCGAAAGGGAUAAGGAAUCUUCGCGAUCGGCGCCGUCAGUACGGAUGUCUGUCGCCGGGUUGGGCCACUACUUCUCUUUGCAUUCUUCCAAGUGAACAACUGUUCGGCGAAUCUGUCAACGAGAUGGAUCAAAUUACAAAAAUACUCGAAGUUCCUGAACCAAUUAUCCCGAAACACGAUGCAAUUGGAAUGCUUUCUUCCAAAUUGCCUCCUAUAUCCGGAGAUAUUCCUACAUUUCCGUUUGUGGCUCCCAGUAGUGGUGUUUUGUUCUCCGAGGUUGCUUCUUUUGUUCCUGUAACAACCUUCAAUCCUUUUUCCCACUUCCACAAUGAACAGUGUAUUGCUAUCAAACCUGCUCAAAGUAUUAUCCAAAAUAUUCCUGUAAAUCCUCUAACAACGCAGUUACAUCUAUUGAACACAUCAUCAGCGGAACAGUCAUCACGCGAGCUCAGCACACGGGUUAACCAUCAUGCAUCUUAUGAUAAUCGGAUGUGGUCUUCCUUACGAAACAGUGUGUUUCAUAGACAUCAAGUGGCACCUAAUUUAAAACAAAUUCAUCCUCCUCAAAUAGCAACUACACACUCUUCGAGUGCUAAACUGAAUCCUAACAAUAUUCGUUGGUUGGCCAGAGAAAUAAAGAAACAAGCUAUAUCGAAUCGUCGAACACCUCCGAGCAAAGAACCAGCUAUCCCUUUGGUGAACAAAAUUAUUCUCCAGUCAUCACGUUCGAAUCGUGGCAUAUCCAAAAGUAUCGCUCCUCUGCGGAAUGCUUUCGAUCCUAGAGCUGGUUUAAAAAGCCAAAUUAUAGCGGGCAUAUGCAAAAGUACAGACACUUCAGAUAAAAGUAACAUUAGGUGUGCUAGUACCCAAACCGGUACAGAGUUGAAGGCGUCAGCCGAGUUUCGUUCGUCCAUCGGAAGCCUUCCGGAUAUUGGUGAGUACGAUGUUAGUGAUCUAGAAUUUGAUCCCGACAUGGUGCCGACAAGCCCAGUUAGAAUGUUGAAGUCUCCUAGUGAGCCUUCGCUUCGGGGGCACAUCGAGUUUGGUCCCGAGGACCCCCAUUGCGACAGCGAACCAGGAAGACAAUGCACCAAAAUAAGUCGUUCACAUUCGUUGAUUACUAGUGAUCAAAUUAUCGAUAUCGAGUAUGAUUCGGAUACUGGUUAUAAGACCAAAAGUGUUCGUAGGAAUCCAUUUGCUGGGAUGAAGAAUAAACAUUCGCCCUGUAAAAGAACCAAAUCGCUUGAUCUAAGACUAGAGAAAGGCAAUGUCGCAAAAGAAGCUUGCGCCUUUGGUUCGAAAUCAAGCUUAGACAAAGGAAGCAUGACUUUAGAUAUUGUAAAACACGUAGAUGACACCGAGGACUGGGUACGUGAGCCUUACGAUCGAGAUAACGGAAAAGUGAAGUAUGUCAAAUCGGAGAGAUCCGACCAAAGCAGACAGAAGAAUCCGAGUAAAGCUCCAGUUGAAGCCGCCGGUAAUUCUAAUAUUCAUACUAAAAAAUCUACCGAAAUAGUCAGCCUCAAAUCAUCGGAUCAAAGUACAUCUGGGAAACAUGAACCACCUGCUAGAAAACGGAAGGUCAGUAACAAAUCGCGUAUUGAUGAAAUCAAGCACGAGAGUGGCGUCUUGCAUGGUAGUACUGAGUCAAUAAAAUCAAUUAUUGACGUGGUAAGAAUGGAAUUAGUACAAAAACAAAAAUCAAGUUCCAAAACUUCGAGUGAUUCUGCUUCUGCUACUGUUUUGCGUGGAAGUCAAUCAUUCAGUGAUGUUGAACUGCACCGAGAUGAUCACGUGAAUAAUGACAAGUAUUAUGAUCGUGAUGGUCGUAAUAAAAGAUCUAAUAGAGACGAACUGUUAGAUCGAAGGGUUUUCGAUAGGUAUGCGGAAAAUAAAGCGAACCGGUAUGAAAGCGAUCACGAAAAACAAAGCCAACGAGCACGCGUUGAAAAAGUUCCUGUUAGAAGAGAUAAUUAUUUACAUAGAGAAGAAAGGUCUUAUGAAGUGCCAAGAGGGGAGAACUAUGUUAGAACAACCUUGUCUGACUGCGAUGAAGGCGCAUCCGAUGAUGAAGUGUUCGAAUAUCAAUUUUCUAGAUGCAACAAUUUGUCGUUUAAUGGCUCCGGUUCCAGUAGGACUAGAUCUCGUUAUGACACACGCCGCACCAGUAGUUUGGAAGAUAUUAACAGAUUUAUUUCCGAUAGACAGUUUUAUGGUAAUACCAUAAAUGAUAGAUGCGAUACCAAUAGGCACAGCUCCGUUAGUAUUAAUGAUAAGCCAGAAUAUUUUGAGUAUAGCAAGUCUCCCUCAUCACCACGCUCCAGCUGUAGCAGUAGAAGUGCUAAUUACGCUUCUUCCCAUUUUUCCCAAUCCUUCAACGGUAUCGCUUUGCUGCAAACUGAACCGAAACGAACUGCACUGAAACAUCCCGGCAUGGUCGGAUUGACAAUGCAUGAUACCUCACCGUUCGAAUCACCGUCCUGGUCACCCGGGCAACUCAAAAGUGAUUACGAUAUGAGAGACCGAGGGCGAUAUGGGCACAAUGGUGGACGGGAUGCGUAUCGACGGCGUGAGCGUGAUCGUGAUCGUGAUCGGAACAGCAGUGACCAUGAGCGGGAUCGUGACCUGAGUGAUCGUGAACAACGAGAUUCACGGGAGCGUUCUGAUCUGGACCGAAGUCUUUCGAACAAUGAAGGGACACCCGAGGAUAAAAUAGAUGGUAGCCUAAGUGACACAGCAGUGAUACAAAGUUUGGACUCGAGACGUAAGCUGGAUCAACGAUCGCCCAAGAGUGAAACCCCGACGCGGGAUCGCGAACGCUUCGGUGCCGGCAUGGGAAAGAAAAGUAAUUCCACCUCACAACUGUCGGCAACAGACCAAGGAAUAUCGCCAUCAUCCUCGUCGUCAACAUCGCAACGCAAGCGGUCUUCAGCCGGAUCGAUCCAACGAUCGGUCGAGGUGACACCGAUCCCAUCACAGUCGUCGGCCUAUCGUGCCGGAAGUUUACAUUCAAUUUCUAGCUCCGAGGGCUCCUCGUGGUCACCAUCGCUGAGGGUGGCUGGUGAUACAGGACCUCUGUCGGACUUCAUCGAGGGCUUGGGACCAGGACAGCUCGUCGGACGCCAGGUACUGGGUGCUCCUGCCUUAGGUGAUAUUCAACUGUCUAUGUGCUAUCAAAAGGGUUCCUUAGAAGUUGAAGUGAUACGAGCGAGAGGAUUGCAGGCACGUCCUGGCUCAAAAGUACUUCCAGCGCCUUAUGUUAAAGUGUAUUUAGUUUCCGGUAAAAAGUGUAUAGAAAAAGCUAAAACAACGACUGCUAGGAAAACGUUAGAUCCAUUAUAUCAACAACAAUUAGUGUUUAGAGAACCAUUUGCUGGCUGCAUACUACAAGUGACGGUAUGGGGUGACUACGGGCGGAUGGAAGGCAAAAAAGUGUUCAUGGGUGUAGCUCAAAUAAUGCUGGACAACCUUAACCUAUCACACAUAGUCAUCGGAUGGUACAAACUGUUCGGAACCACAUCACUGGUCAGUGGACCACCUAGUUUGGGUCUAUCUAGGCGAUCCUCAAUUGCAUCACUCGAUUCACUUAAGCUGUAAAACUCAUUGACAUCACUAAGUUUAUUUUUCUCCUUUGGUAUCGUUUUAUUUUCUUUUUGGAGUUUGGUUUGGAACUGUGCCAUUUUAGUUUCGUACGAUGAGUGAGGUGUUCAACAUAGUCAACUAGAAUAGCUGCAAUCUUCGUUUGUUUGUACCUGGACGCACCAAAUUGUGUGUGUGUUUGUGCUCCUUCCACUGAACCUGAUUUUAUAGAUUAGAUUGCUAGUUAAAGAAGUCCUUUGGUAUUGACAGAUUGGCCACUAUUUCCAAGUUUUUAGAUCCUUUCGAGAAGAGAAAUGAAUUCUUAAACCAUUUUAAAUUUAAAUGAUGUUUGAGUUCCAUACACUCUACCAUCGCCAAUUGCUUACAUGCAAUGUCUCCUAUAUAAUACCUUGAACAGUGCGAUGGUUGUGGAAUGUCGAUUCCCACAAAUGACUCAUCGGAAAGCAUUUCAAACAAAACCUCAAAUUCAGCUUCGAAAAUCCUCCAAGUACGAUUUAGUAUAGUUUAGAUCCAACGGAAUAUUUUCCAAAACUGUUUACUGUUCACCUUAGCUUUGGUUGUCUUUGUUUCCUUAUUUGUACCCUGUGCUACCCGCUGAUGCCGUUUGAUGUCAGCGUCGGUUUACUUUAAUUUGAUCUUCCAUUAGUUAUCCUGAUUGAUAGAAGCAAUGUCGAAAGCACUUUUAAAUAGUGUGUUUCUCGUUCUCAAUUGAUUCACAAAUUAAUAUCACGAUCUGAUCGUUGCAUUAAUUCUGAUUUAACAAAAAAUAGAGAGCUCUAGCAAAAUGCAAUGACAAAACUAAAAGUGUUUUAGUUGAUCAUAGUAAUAUAAACCUCGAAAAACCUCAGCAUAAGUUUCAUCGGCGUACCUACCUUCUGGUUUACAAGAUCCGUAUCCUUGUUUCAAGUACAAUCCAAACCGCGUUAGUUAGUACUAAGAAGCUAACAACCGACCGUAACAACAUGUUCCAGUAUAGGAGACUAGAAUAAACAAUAUUAUUAUAAAACAGCGAUGGGCGACAAAAACCAAAAAAAAAAGUCAUCACUUACACACACCUACACUAGUACGCAGAGCGGAAGCAAUUUUCAGAUUUUGAUUCGCGUAUUUAUCAAAAAGAACAACGUACAUCUAAGGAAAAAAUGAAACUCAAAUCUGUGAAUUUAUUAAAAUUAAUAUAUAAAGCAGUAAUGAUACAAUUCAUAAACCAAUGAAACUUGCAGCAUCAGAAAAUUCAUGACAAAGAAAGUUACAACUACUUUGUAAAAAAAAUGAAACAAAUAAUCAAGCCUUCCAUUAUAUUUAUGAAACAAGGAACGUUUAAUUAUUAUUAAUAAAUUUAUCGAAACAAAUCUCUUGACAUUGAGAAUGCAUAAACUCCUACAAAUACGUCAUUCCUACUCAUUUUAUUCAAGUUCCAACAGAAAAAAAUAAUACAAACAAAUACGUUUACUCUAAAAUAAUUUCGCCAAAUUGACACGCAUUUUCAUGUAAUUUUCUCUUUCCUAUUUCUCAUUAAUCUCAUAAGACUAGAAACAAAACAAAUGCGACCGCCACUUAGUGUACAGCUGGUAUGGAACAGGAAAACCAAACUUUUUCGAGAACAAAAGCAAGUAACAACUCAUGAAACAAGAAAAUUUGUACAUCUAUUACAACAACUAAACGAAGAAACAAAACAACUUGUACAUAGCACUUAAACCUAUCAAAGAUCAAACAAAUGAAGAGAAGCAAAAAAGACAUAACAACAAAUACCGACGACGGAGGAAAAUAAAAUAAAUCAACAUAAUUUUUGCCUUAGACUCCUACCAAAAUAUCGUGGAUCGUGUAGAAAAAAUAAUGAUGAGAGAAAAAAGGAACAUCAAACACGCAACACACACACACGUUACGCCCUUCUACAGCACGAUCUGGAAUGGAGCGAGUGAGAUAUUAGGCCAAUCACUAGACGUUCCUCUCUUUUUAUGCCGACCUCAAACAAGCUGAUGUCUAGAUUGGGUAGGGAUUUUUCUUAAAAAGAAACAAUCUUCCAGUUAAUGCUGGAUGCAGUUUCGGUGGGUUUGCUCGUCUUUUUUGAUGUUACUGAAAAUUUAUUUGUUUAUUUAAUUCGUCAUAUACGUGUGGAAUAGAAUCAAACAUUUUACAAUUUACAUUCUAUUCAUUUUUUCCACGUUUUUGAACAUAAUUUUAUUUUAAUUCAGGACAUAGUGAGGUAAAAUUUCUCCCGUAAUUCUCGUUAUAAUAACGCAUCAUUCGGUUGACCGGGUCGGUUUUUGCAUGAUUUGUUUUAUAAGGUGUUUCUAAAAAUAAUUUGCGAUUUUCUCAAUAAUGGUUCGUCGCAUAAAAUUUUAUUUGCGAAGGUAAUGAUGCAGAUUGUAUUGCUUUGACAAAUGAUGUCUCUAAAUCAUUACAAUUCUGCGCGUUCCUUAACUGGUUGUAUGUUAAUGAGCAUCCAGCGUCCCUCAUAUGAUGGAAGAGGUUCUAGUUCAAUUGAGCUCAAAUACUUCUGAAGAAUGUGGGUGAAUUACCGAUCAGGUUAACACUCAAAUAGUUAAACAAAAAAACUUCUAAACAAUCACAAAUAGGAAACAAAUAGAACGUAACUUUUUCACACAUUUGUGAGCUGUUUUAUUGCAUUCUGCUUUUAGAACACACAUUGUAGAAACGUAUUACUUGUUACGAGUUUUCUUUGUUUAGAUUUUUUAGUUCGCAAAAAGGCUUUUGAUUACUUUUGAUGAGUGCGGCUGGAUUAGAAACUAGGUAUGAAUUUCCUGAGUCGAAGAAAGACCAACGCACAUCUAUUUUUUCAUUGAACAUUUUCCUAAAAUUCUACAAAAUCACUGAUCAGUUAUCAAAAACUUACAGUGGCGUAGCCAGAAAUUCUGUUUGGGGGGUAUUGAUGAAAAUCGUAGAUUUUUUCGAAAGUGCUAAAUUAGUGAAAGAUCAUAAACAAAAUUAGUCUAACAGAUGCCUUUUAUAAUUUCUUUUGUAAUGUGUCAACGAAGUCAAAGAAUGCAAAUAUAAAGUGCACUUUCAAAUUGGAAUAAAUGUUCAAAAACUUUUCUAACGGUCAAGAUCAGAUAAUUUCGAAACUAUCAACUUUGAAGGUUUAAUAACCUCGAAGAAGCUUUCCAACAUAAAAAUCGCAUUUUUUUAUGUAGUAAUAUUGGUAGAUAAAUCUCCUAGAAGAAAUUAUGGAGAAGUGACUCAAAACUCAAAAAUAGUAAGAGACUUGUCUUCAGCAAAGUUAUUGAUAACGUCAUUUUAAACAAAUUUGUUGGGAAUCUGAAGGCAUUAUAAAUGAAGUGCAUCGAGAUAUAGAACGAUAUUUAAGAAAUUUUUUAAAGCCAGUUCUUUUCAAUAACACUUUUUAUUGUAAGCUUCAGAGACUACAUUUUAUUGUUUAUAUACAGCAGAAAAGAUUUGUCAAUUAAAGUAAUAUCAGAACAACUUGUUUUAAAGAUUUUCUUUCACAUUUUGCCUAAUAUAUUUCGAUACUCUGAAUGCACAAAGUAUUCAUGUCUUCAACAAAAUUAGUUAUGGAAUGUCUUCGACAAAGUUUCUUUUCAUUUUGAUUAUAGACACUUUAACCAUUUCGGUUCUUUUUUUAGGUUAAAAUUUUUUUUAACCUAUCUGCGGGGUUAGGAAUGGAACCCAGGUGAGCUGCGUGCAAGGCAAUCAACUUACCAACUACGCUUAGCCCAUUCCAUCCAACAAGGUUGUUUGAAAUUGCAUCUCUUGAAAACUUUGCUAAAUACAUUAAAUAUCGAACUAAAAUUGUUUGAAGUAUAAUGCUUUAUAAUUAUUUCUAGGAGGAUUAACCGCCAAAAUUAUUUUAUUAGAAGAGGUGCUGCUUUAUGUUGUCAUAUUCUUCAAUGAUACUAAACAUUCAAAGUUGAUAGUUUCGAAAUAAUGUGAUGGUGGCCGUAAAAAAUGUUUUCGAGCAUUAAUUUUACUUUUCUUCACUAUUAAAGAACACAACUUCAAAACGAGUCCUUGUUUACAAAAUUUUAUUGUACCAGCUUAUAGGCUAUUUAUAUAAUUGAUAACACAACAAAAAAAACCGAUCCUGACCUGCUAGAGACAAACGGAAAACGUCAUUUUUCAUCAUUUUUCUUCCGCUUUUCAAAAUAUUAUUGUUGUGUUUAGUCACAUUGAGUUUUUGUCUCAACUGUACGCAUUCUCGAAAAAAUAAAUUUUUAGCCAAUUUUGAAAUGUAUGCAAUUUUUCGGUGUGCAUAUGUUAUGGUGUUAUGUUUAUAGACAAUCAACCUAAUCAAACUUCGCUUCCCAUUUAAAGUUUGGAUCUUCCUAAAACAUCCUAGAAGACAUUAUGGCUGUACACUUGACCGUUUUCGCGUGAAUAAUUUUUUGCGCGGUUUCGGCGAAAAAAACACUGUGCUGCAGUCUGGUGCAACCCAUCCACGUACUUUGUGAUCGUAGUUAAAGAAGAGAAAAAAGAUUUCUUCGAAGUGGAUGCUUUAUCCGACUAAGGAAUUUAUUAGCGUUCCACAAUCGUCGUGAUUUUGUUUCAGAAUUCAUGCCUCAGCGUAGCGCAUACGACUUAUAUCCUAGGCUUUUAGGCAUUGCUCGUCUGAUUGAGGAGACCGAACACCCGAUUUCCCUUGCCAUUAACCUCAUUGGCCUUGCUGGAUUCUUUUUAAGCAUGUUUUUUCUGCUUUUUCCAUUCGGCUUCGUUCAGCCGUUUUGGAACAGAGUACAAGUAGAUGUAGGGGAACAUGGGGAGACUUGAUCAGGUUUUCAGUUAAAACUAUGUAAAUCUCUAAAAAAGUUUUCAGUCAUUCAGAACUAUAGUUGAAAUGUAAUGUACAAAAGUAUUGCGCGUGUUCAUGAUUUUGCAUGAUUUUGCAGAAUUUUUAAUUUACUUUUUCAAAAGUUAUAAAAGUUUUUAUGCGAUCGUUUUUUCUGUUCAAGGUUUAAUGUUUCGAGAGCACUUUCGAUGUAUUAUCCGUGGUAAGAUGUCAAUAUUUUGUAGCAAUUAAAUGGAAUUAUGGGUUUUGGACAUCGCUGAUUAUGAAACUAAAGUCAGCUUUUCGAAAUUCAAAAUAGCCGAACCAAUAUGUAUAGUGCGAAUUUGAGUGAACAUGCAUCAAGUUAAAAAAAAUGGCGAUGCCGCCAAUAUGGCGGACUAAAAUGUGACUAUCUUUUUUGACCAAAAUUUUUCGUUUAUCGCCGUUUUCUGUGGUUGUUUGAUAACUCACGAUUAGUCUGCGAUGUCACUACAGAUCAAGCCGUGAAAUACGUUCUCGAGACUUGUACCCAUAAUAGCAGGAAAAGGUUUCUACCUGAUGCGCGCGUCUCGAACCGAGAGCGUCCCAUGGCGGCCAAACCGCCGCUUCGAACAAUGUAGAAAUGUGCGGAACGAGAAACCCGUUUAACACAAUAUAGUUCACUAAUACCUUACAAAAAAAUGCAAAGAAAAAAAUUAAAUUAACCCAAUAAAACUUAAUGGAUCUCAUUGAAUCCAGUAGAGCUAAUGAAAAUUAUGUUCUUGAGGAUUGGAAGCAUUUCAUAGAAUUAUAAAACUCGAAGGAAUGAUACUUGAAUGGAUGUAUGCACAAAAUAUUUUUGGUGUCAUCCAAAUAUAACCAGCUAUAACUCCUACAGCGUGUAAUGAAGAUACUUAGUGUGUUCAGUUAAGAUAUUCGGGAAAAUAAUCUCAACAACUUUUCCGAAGACCUCGGAUCAUUUCUACUACCAAAUAAAGGUACUUGUAUAAUCUCAUUUUUAGGAGGAUUGAUCACUAAAAUCAUAGCAGCAAAUGACAGUUGUUGAUGAUUGUUGUUGUUGAUAAGUAGCCCGAAAAUACUAUUGACGAAAACUCAGCCGUUUCAACGUAAACAGCCAAUAGCUAUUUGAAACACUAUAUUUUUCAAAAAUUGCCGAAUUACUUCGAAAAUACACGAGAUCAGCAAAUGUUGUACUAUAGAGAGAUGUCCAUUUUGAUCAAUGUUAUCAUUUUACGGAACAUAUCCAACUUGUCAGGAUGAUCUUUGAAAAGUAAAAUUAAUGAAUUGGAUUUUAAGGGGUUAAUAAUGUUGAAGAUGCUAAAGAUGAAGACUUCGUGUCUUCAGCAGAGUUGUUGACAAAAGCUUGCUCUUCAACUUUGCUGAAAACUUAAUCGUAAGGGGUUAUAUUGUUGUAUUGUUAUAUUGUUGUUGAGAUGUGGGAAAAAGGGAAAAGUUUGAAUUUUUGUGAAGGUAUGUAGCCAUAUUUUUAUGAAAUACUUGUUAUACGUCUAGCGUAGUACAAUGUCCAAUUUGCAAAAUUCACUUGAGAACUUAAAAAAGAUUAAUAAUUGUCGAAGUUAUAGGUGUCCUUGAACGAAUGAUUGAAUUUUUUUUCCUUUUUUCUGGAAACUAAACGCUUUUUUCCAAAAAUCUACCUGAAAAAAUUAUUAAAAAAUUCAUAACAUUAAUAUGAAAAUUUUGACGAAAAAAUGGAAUCGUUCAAGGACACGGCACUUAAAUUGCGAACAAGCUAAAAAAAUGUUUUGAGAUCGGUUGAAUACUUUUUCGGCAAUCCUAGUCAUCGCAAAGACGAUUUUUGGAAAACAUGAUUUCGAGAUAAUCGCGUUUAAAGUUUCAAGUAUAAGCCACGUCUCCGAAAGGGAGCAAGAUGAAAAACAUUAUAACUAGGCGUCUACUGCUCCGAUCUCUACAAAAAUUUGAGAUAACAUUCACAAGAACCUAAACUUUAGGAUAAAAGAAUAAAAAGACUUGAUUUUUUGGCCGAUCUCAACAUACCCCUUAAUGUAUGUACUUUCAAAAAGGUUAAUAAAUGUAUCUCACUUCUAGGGAGAUUAAUCAUUCAAAUCACGCCAUAUGAAAGGGGUUGUGAUGUCCAAAAUGACGUCAUCGGCCCAAAUUUACCGAUUUAAGCGGAAUUAAUAGAUCGUAUGAUUUUGUCAAAAAAAAUCGAGAAAUGUUUCGCUAAUAGGUCACAGAUCCCGCUUGGAGUUGUUUUGGAUUUUGUUUCAGGUUGGAUUGGAUUUAUGCUACGUGUCUUGAAUAGAGAGAGAGAGAGAGCUGUUUUGUGAUGGGGUUGGGUUUUUAUUGUAAACUAUUGUAAUUGAAUGUCUACGUUAUCAUAUAACGACAUGCAAUCUACCGCAGGGACCAGAAUGUUUAAGCAAUCUAAAAAGUAAAAAAAUAAUUGAAUGUCUUUCAAAAAUAAAUCUGUGUUGCCCGUUUGAGUAAACUCUACUUACAUUUCGAUUAAUUAUUCACCUUUUAGGCACACUUUUAAGAUUUUCUGUGAAUCAUAAUUUCGUGUAAGAAUUUACAUAGACAGUUCACUAAUGCAAUUGAAGUUUGUAGCGAAUUAUAUAAAGUUACACAAGUUUUCAAAAAUAGUUUUAACAAAAAUUGUUUUUGUUACUACAAAACAGACUAGCGUAAAAAUAAUUAUUUUGUUACCGAUAUUUUUAUUUGAAUUUAGAAAUCUUGCCAUUGUUUCAAGGCGGUCCCGAAUUUGGGACAACUUUUGCUCCCUGCCUUUCCAGGCAUUCGAAUGUUGAGAACUAAAAAAGAGAGGAACCACCAUUUAAAUAAACAAAUAGGACACGAUAUUAACAAAUUAACUCGAAACAAACUUGCGUGAAUCCAGAUCGAACACCUCGAAGGUGCGAAGCGCCAGAAAGUACCAUAUUAUAGAGGUAAAACUAAUUAUACUAACAGGACUUCAUUAAUGCGCGAAAAUGAAAGAAAGAAGGCAUUUCUCAAAAGAAAGAAAACAAAACCCUAAAGUAAAAUAUUUAUCUUUAAACAAACCACAAGCCAAAACCAUAUCUUUAAUAUAAGAAAACUUUAACGAUUAAUUAACAUAAAUAAAUUGAAAAAUAGCAACACAAAAAGGGUUAUAAAGAGGUAUGAUUUGAAUAAUUAUGUGAAUGAACGCUUCUUGGGAAUUGACACUAAAUUUUCUUACCAGCAACGGAAGCGGUUUAGGAGGAGGCAAAAGAAUAUUAAGGAAAUAUUUUUAUACUAACAUUGUGGGCUCUAUGAACAAAUCAAAAGUACCCGUCUGAGGAUACAGAUGAAGCGAAGGAGUAUGAAUCGCUAGAUAAGGGAUAACAAUACUUAGAAGCUGUAACAAAACGCUAUCGAUGCCUACGAUCAUUAUAUACAUAUAAGUUUAUUAGAAUGUCCGACUUUCACUCACUUUCAGUGCAGCGAUAAAUGUUUCAUAUCACUAACUUAAUGCCCGAUUUAUUUGAGUAAUAUUUUUCUUUCAAUAAAACGCUUUUAGAAUCAUCCGAGAAAGACCAAAUAUCUAUUAUCACUCACAUUACAAGUUUUUUUUAAUAAGUAUACUUUUUUAAACUAACCAUAAUUGAGUUCUUGACCUUUUUGUUACACUGGACAAUCGAUAGACCUGAAUAUGGAGAAGGAAUGUGGUUCAAUUAUAACCAGAUGCAAAGUUUUGUUAAGGCUUCUCGUACAUAUAAAACAACGAAGUUUCUCUUUCUGCUUUUCAAAUGGUUACUGCACAGGUUGAUAAAUGCUUUCAGAGUAAAUAACAAAGGAUUUCCAUAAGAAUAUAUAUAAAAUAAACUCUCGCAAACUGGUUGUUUUCAAACAUUGGAGAUAAAUAAACUUCUGUUCUGAUCCGUCCAUUGAUUCUCGCAAAACUGUAUCGGCUCUAUUUUUGCUUCCAUUUCAAUUCGCGAAAUAGUUUUCCCGUUGUAUUUAAACAGCACUUUAAAGUGGCAGCGCACAUUCGGCUUAACAUAUUCUAUCAUUGUUGAUACUAAUUUCGAUCAAAGAUUUCAUUAGAAUAACAAAUACGGAGGUUUGCACGCUUGGAGAAUAGUCAACGAGGAAGAAGUAUGAAGAGAAGAAGAAACCAAUUAGAAUAAUAAAACUUGCGAAUAACAAAUGGCCUAUUGAGUGUAGCUAAUUUAGUUUGGCAUCCCAGAACGGGAUAUGAUUUUUCCACGUAGCUUGGAAUAACGAAGAAUAAUGAAUACAGACAGAAUUGCUUUCAGGAAAAUAUCCCCAAAAAACAUUCCAACACAGCUGUUAUAUAUCUAUCAUCGACCAUUACACUACCAUUCCUCAUAACGACUAACGAUCCUGUUAAAGGAGUAUCAAUCAAACCAAACACAUGUAAUCGUGAAUUCAGAUUCAAUUCCAACAGAUGAAUGAGCCGACAAAACAAUUGUUCAAUGUCAAACAUCUUCGAUCGAUAGUAUCGCCUCGACUGGAUACAAGAGUGGAAAGCGGCGAGCAGGUUCAGGCGCGAACUCCAUGAAAAUAUUUGUAUAAAUUGAAAAUGAUAAGUUUUAAUUAUUUUAUAAGGAGUAAGUAUUAGUAAGCAACUAUUCAACCGCAAUGGCAAACCAGAGAGAAGUAAGAAGGGGGCAUCAAACCAAAAUAUAUUAAUUUAAUAGGAUUAAUUUAUAUACAUACGAAAACGAUCAGAACAAAGGACGGAACAAAGCGCGACUACUAAGAUAAAUCAAAUUAGGGUCAGAGAAGAGCGUCGAACAGAAACAGAAGAAAAAAUGAACAUAAUUCAAGAGAAUAUUGUAAAUUAAAUUUCUAUUAUUAUUAAACCAUAUAUAAAUAUACUGAAAUAUAUAUUAAAAAUGUAUCCCCUCUCGGCUAAGGAAAUGUCGAGAAACGACAAUAAAACUGUGAAAAUUGAAAAAAACGAAA